AGCUGUUCACUUUCAUAAACACCCUUCACGAAAAUUCCGAGUUUCAGUUGCAUUUCAUAAGUACAGAAAUUCAGACAUAAAAGAAAUGUGUAGCCGCCAAUUUGAUGACGACAAAGAGUUGGAUCUGCCACAAGACAAUGAGGAGGCGGAAAUAGCACGCCUCCAACUUCCUGAACAAAACCAGUCACUUAACGCACAAGAGGAUGUAGAAGCGGAUGAUGAACGCAUUGCUAGAAUCGAAUUUCACUGCAAGGAAUGCGAUAUGCACGAACUUGUGCACUACUACGGCCGCAAUCCGCCCUUCGCGCUGGGCGUGCAGUUUCGUGAAGAUAGUUACGUUAUGCGGGAUCCAUUUCAGGCGCCGCCACCCCGAUGGCAGUCCAAAUCGGAGAACUUUUUGGCGCUUGGAGCCAAGUGCACCACCUGCGCAAAAAUAGUAUGCAAGGAUGCCGCAUGCAGCAUCUACUAUACACACACAUAUUGCCUGCCAUGUGCCAGAUUGGAGCUUAAGUCGUGGCCAGUGGAGGCACAAGCAAAGCUACGAAAGCAACUGGUGGCAAAGGAAGCUGGAAGUUGUUAAGCGAAAUAAACCGAGCUGGUUCAAGAGACUUCAAUAAACAUACAUAUGUACAUUGUAGAGUAUACCUUGAAUACUUCAAAUUACAGCGGGACAUUAUGAAACAUGUACGUGCAUGCCCUAUAACAGCAAUUUAAAAAAAUUAAAGCUAUAACGGAAUUAAAAUAUACUUUAUCAUUGCA